AUGGAAAUAAAAUGGAAUAAAGAAAUAGAUUUGAAUAUGAUAUCUUUUGAUUCUUUAUUAAUAACGUGUUUCGAAGGUCUUUCUGAAGAUAAACAUCCUUAUAAUUUCAUAGCCUAUAAUUGCGUAGAUUAAUUACUUAAAUAAAAUAACGCAGAGGAAAAAAUUAAGCCUAUUGAGAUUAUCAGAUAUGGUAAAUGA